AUGUCUCUGUCUCGGGCUAUAGGGGUUAUCGCCCUAGGCCUGGCCAACUUUGCUUCCGCCCAAAACUAUCCAAAUAUCAGCAGUUCGGAAGAUGUUGUCACGGUCAGAUGGAUCGGCAAUACGCCUACCCUCAAUUCGGGGUUGACAUUCGGACUUCCUUGGCCCCGGGGCAAAUACCAAGCAAACCAGACCACAUUUACUGGUUUGGGAGGUGACGGUAAUGACCAGGUCCAGAUAGAGUCAUGGGUGACAGCUUACUGGCCGGAUGAUUCGAUCAAAUGGACUGGACAUGCACUUGGCGGAUCUGAGAAGAUUUACGAAGAGUACAAGAUUACUGCGUCUGCCAACGUUGAGACUAAUACGACCAAACGCGCAAACCCGUCUACUCAAUCAGGGUUAACCGUCAGCGACUCUAACGACGAGAUUACCGUGAACACCGGAAAACUCACAGCGACAUUCCCCAAGUCUGGAAACACUCUCUUAAGUAGUAUUAAGACGUCAAGCGGCAAGAUUGUGGGGCAGAACGGACGACUGAUACUACGAUCGCAGUCUGGUAUCGCGGAUGACGAAGGAAACACAACUUCUAUAGACAAGCUAAGAUUCGAAAGUACUAUCGAAGAAGUCACCGUUGAUUCCAGUAAAGACGGCCCAGUUAGGAGCCUAGUAACUGUCCGUGGAAUACACCAGACAACUUUGGGUACCCAUGAUGACUGGCUACCAUUUAUUCUUCGCUUUUACUUGUACGCGAAUUCCGAUGCUAUUCGUGUUGUUCACACGCUUGUGUUUGACGGGAAAGGCGACAAGGACUUUGUUUCAGGGAUUGGAAUCCAGUUCGACGUCCCUCUAGCUGGUGAAGAGUUGUAUAACCGCCAUGUCAGGCUGGCCGGUCCUGGCGGAGGACUGCUAAGCGAGGCAGUGCAAGGUAUUACAGGGCUACGAAGGGAUCCUGGCAAGGAAGUUCGUAGCGCUCAAUUCAAAGGCGAACAGACACCUGAUAUUGCGUCAUGGGAUACCCGCGUCUCCUCGAGGUUAAAGUGGAUUCCCUCGUGGAGUGACUAUAGCUUGACUCAACUGUCCUCUGAUGGAUUUACACUGAAGAAACGUACCAAGGCUGGUCAAAGCUGGGUCAAGAUUCCUGGAGGCACACGAGCUGGUGGUCUUGCUUAUCUUGGCGGUGCUACGCAAGGUGGUCUCGCAGUCGCUCUUCGCGACUUUUGGAAGAAAUAUCCAACAAGUCUAGACAUCUCCAACGCAGCUACGGAUGUUGGUCAGAUAACCCUAUGGCUAUAUAGCCCUUCUGCCGAACCCAUGGAUCUCAGACCCUUCCAUGACGGCCUAGGGGAAGACACAUAUGACGACCAACUUGAUGCGCUCGAGAUUACUUACGAAGACUAUGAGGGAGGUUACGACACACCUUACGGUAUUGCUCGAACGAACGAAGUAUUCCUAUUCCCGUUUGAUAAAACACCCUCCUCAGAUACCCUAGCUUCCCUUACUGAGUAUGCCAACGAACCACCCGCACUUGCCGCUGAGCCGGCAUAUAUUCAACAGACAAAGGCUGUCGGGUCAUACUGGGAGACUAUCUCCGACAACUUGACUGAGGCAGCACGAACGGUUGAAACACACCUCGACUUUUUAAUCAAGUUCUAUCAAGAUCAAGUGUCCCAGAGACGAUGGUAUGGAUUCUGGGAUCAUGGUGAUAUUAUGCAUACCUACGACGAAGAUAGACACACCUGGCGCUACGAUAUUGGAGGAUACGCUUGGGACAACUCGGAACUUUCACCCAAUCUUUUCUUCUGGAACUACUUUUUGCGCACGGGGAGAGCGGACGUGUACCGAUUUGCAGAGGCCCAUGCACGACACACCGGUGAGGUGGACGUUUAUCAUAUCGGCCCGUUCAAGGGAUUCGGUACCCGUCACGGUGUCCAGCACUGGGGCGACAGCUCCAAGCAGAUCCGUGUAUCGACACCCAUUUACCGACAAGUAUUUUAUUACCUAUCCGGCGGCGAUGAGCGAACUGGGGAACUCCUCCACGAGCUUAUGGACGCCGACCAGGCAUUCCUCACUGUAGAUCCGCGUCGAAAGGUCCGCAAGGACAACGGUACCUAUGUUAUUGAUCCAACUGCUCUAGACUUGGACCUCGGUCUGGACUGGUCGGGCUUAGCGUCGACAUGGCUACUCGAGUGGGAGAGACGCGGCCCGCGAUGGGAAGAAGCACGAUCAAAACUCAACACUACUAUGCACAGUAUCGUAAAACUGAAAAAUGGCUUUGUUACAGGACUGGGUCUCUAUAAUCUCCAUACGGGCGUCAUCUCGCCACCAGCCACCGACCCGAAGAACCUCGGCAACGUGACCGUGUCCCAUCUCUCAGCGAGUUUUGGGCUGCCAGAGAUCAUCUCGCAGCUGACGGACUAUCUAGGAGAGGACAUACCGGCCGGUUUCGAACAGGCUUGGCUAGAUUACUGCUACUAUUACGGCGCCGGGGCAGCGGAGCAAAAGGCGCGGUAUGGAGUCAGCUUCGGCAGCUUAAACUUGAAGCAGGGGCACUCGCGACUAACUGCGUAUGCGGCCAAGAAGCUAGACAACUCGACGCUGGCGGCGCGCGCAUGGAAGGAGUUCUUCAGUACCGACGGUUUAUCACCAUCACUUCCCUGGAAGAGCGAGCACCUGAACGGAAGUGAAGUUCUAGUACCGGUGGACGAGGCGGCGUGGCUUUCGACCAACGAUGCUGCGCUAUAUGGGUUGGCUGGGAUUGAGAACCUGGCUCAAGUUGGUUAUGCCUUAUAA